AUGGAACUCUUGAUCGUUCGACAAAUUGCAGUCGAGCGUUGGAGCUAUGCCAAGAAGACAAAAGGUAGAAAUACGAGGGGACUCUACCGUGGUAGAGUCGGCGUUGGGCGAAGAGCGAGCGCACAGAGGCGUCCGCGGCGGAUGAGUAGGGCGCACCGCACAGUCGGCGCUCGCAUUCCGCGGAGGCGGAAGGCCGCGGGAGGCGCGUGUCGCGUCGCGGUCGUCGACACGCCUCGCCACGCCGCCGGCUGCACUUGCAGUCGGCGCGGGCUGGCCGCGCUCGCCGCUCAGUCGGCGCCAACACUCCGC